CCAAGCCUAUGGAUACACUUUCACUUCGCAUAACACAAAAGCCAUCUCUCUCUCUCUCUCUCUCUCUCUCUCUCUCUCUCUUCUAUAUAAAGGUAACGAAACUACCAGAACCCACAAAACAACAGAGGCAAAUACCAUUAGGAAUUUAGCCCAAUCUAUCAAAAAACAAUGCCACGUUCCAUGAAGAAGAGCUUUGAAGCAAACGAAACCGAAGAGGCAGAGCUCAGGAGAGGGCCAUGGACGCUUGAGGAAGACACUCUUCUCACCAAUUACAUUUCUCUUAACGGCGAGGGCCGUUGGAAUAUGGUCGCAAAAUGUGCUGGACUUAAGAGAACUGGGAAAAGCUGCAGAUUGAGAUGGUUGAAUUAUCUCAAACCCGACAUCAAGAGAGGGAAUCUUAAUCCUCAAGAACAGCUUCUGAUCCUCGAACUUCACUCUAAGUGGGGCAAUAGAUGGUCUAAGAUUGCGCAGCAUUUGCCGGGAAGAACAGACAACGAGAUCAAGAACUACUGGAGAACAAGAGUUCAGAAGCAGGCCCGUCAACUGAACAUCGAAUCCAACAGCGAAAAAUUCUUUGACGCCGUCCGUAGUUUCUGGAUGCCAAGAUUGGUCGAGAAGAUGGAGCAGAACUCAUCCUCUAACUCUGCUGCUUCUUGUUCAUCGCAGCUGAACAGCAACAACGCAAACACCAUUAAUGGCCCUGAGUUCCUUUCCUCCGAAUCGCUGAUGAAUUCAGUGAGACCAGACAGCGAUGGCUUCCCCAACGAUUCGGGUUUCAGCGACAUCAACUGUUCAAGCUCCAUGGCUGAUCUCGUGGCAAUUACACGACUGAUGGAUAUGUCCGAUCAGAACACUGCAGGAUCAGUGCAGUUUCAGCUUCAUGGAGGAAGCCAAUGUGUGAGUGAAGAAGAGGAGUACGGACACUUCCAUGGGUUUGAUGAUUACAUGGCUUCGAUGGGCAAUUUAGACAUUUCAUCAGCGGGAUACCACGUGGCGAAUGCUGAUUCGAUGUACGAGGAUGUAACACAAGAUCCGAUGUGGAACAUGGAUGACAUUUGGCACUUUAGGGAGUAGGCAAAGAUGGGACAAUCCUUAAUUGUCUAUAUAAUGGCAUCCGUUUUAUUUGGGGCCCACCACUCGGUUUUUUUUAUAAUUAUAAAUUAUAAACGUUGGGUUUUCGUUUAUAUUUUAAUUUACACGAUCCAAAUUUGUUGGAUCUUUAUACGAUAUCUUGUAUUAUGGAUGAACGAAACAUUAUAGCUGAAAACAGGAUUUCUUUCAA